AUGCGGACAACAACUCUGAAGGGGGAUAGUAGGAGUUCGUUUGCUGUCUGCAGAGCCAGUGACAUUCCCUGGCCAGAAGAGUUUAUCCCCAAACCUGGAUUAAGAAGACAGAAUUGCAGAGUCCGCAUAACAUACAAGGGGGAGGAGUCCAAGCCCCUGCUGCCUCCAGCCUCCAGCCCACCCAACAAGUCCAUAAAUGGAGUGGACUCCUGCUGCAGUCUGCCUUCGGCUCGGACGGACGAGCAGGCCCUGCUGUCCUCUAUCCUGGCUAAGACAGCCAUCAACAUCAUUGAUGUUUCAGCCGCCGACCAGCAGCAGAUGGAGCAGCAUGAGUACAUGGACCGGGCACGGCAGUACAGUACCAGGCUUGCCAUGCUGAGCAGCAGCCUCACGCACUGGAAGAAGCUUCCGCUGCUCCCCUCGCUGACGAAUCAGCCUCACCAAGUACUUGCCAGUGACCCCGUGCCCUUCGCAGACCUGCAACAGGUCUCCCGGAUAGCUGCCUACGCCUACAGUGCCCUCUCCCAGAUCCGUGUGGAUGCAAAAGAAGAACUGGUGGUACAGUUUGGAAUCCCGUGAUGCCAAUCCUCACUCGUUCGUUUUUGUUUUUCUCCUCCACUUUUAUUUUUCUCCUCUGCACCACUGGCUUCCCACUGCAGUGGAACUUGUACCGAAAAGAGACACUGAAUUUAUUGCCUGGCCACAGAGACAAUGACUUGUGGACAGCCAAGGCGGAUGAGACCCACGACUUUUCACCCUCCUUCUCCUCCCUAGUUUGGCAAGGCAGUGCACGGUAGGGCUGGACUAGGAGGCAGAGCACUCGCUCAGCUCAGCUGUGAGGACAGCUCUGGGACUCGCGUGGGGGGGGUCGGCUUUAUUUACCUUUGUGGUUGUGGCUCUGGAAUUUUGACUUUGGGGGGGGCGGAUGGGAUGAAGGGAGAUGAGGAGGAGGGAGGUUCUUGUCACUUCCCACGUGGCUUAGCUGGAUUGUUCCCCUCCAUCACUCUUAUGUUUGGAUGUUUUAGGAUGGGGAAGGAGCACUGGUGAAUUAGAGCUGGCUUUUUAAGGGGAAAAAAGCAGCACAACCACCGAAGAGAAGAUUUUUGAUCUUAGUGUUCUUGGUCUGUAUCCCUCCCCUGUUUUACAUAGCUGAGCUGUCAUUUUAAUUUUUUUGUUUUUGCUAAAGUAGGUAAAAAAUAUAAACAUAUUCAUCUGA